AUGGAUUCAACCAAGAUGCAAUAUCGAUUCCUAGGAAACACGGGGACCAAGGUCUCCGUCAUCUCACUCGGCGGAUGGUUGACGCACGGCGGUCAUACCGGGAACGAGGUCGCCAAGCAGACGAUGAAGGCGGCCUACGAAGCCGGGGUCAACUUUUUCGAUUCCGCCGAAGGAUACGCUGGAGGUCGGGCCGAGAAGCUCUUGGGAGAGGCCAUCAAAGAGUUUGGCUGGGACCGUGACGAUCUCGUCAUUUCGACCAAGCUGUACUGGGGCGAACAUGAGGAUGGUUCCAAGGGCAUCAACGACGUCGGACUCUCCCGUAAACACGUCUUGGCCGGGAUGCGGAAAUCGCUGCAACGUCUCCAGAUGGAUUUCGUCGACAUCGUCUACGCUCAUCGACCUGACAAACACACCCCGAUGGAAGAGGUCGUCCGCGGUUUCAAUCACCUGAUCCAUACGGGUCAAGCGAUCUACUGGGGGACGAGCGAGUGGUCUUCAGAAGAGAUCAUGGACGCCUGGCGGAUCGCCGAUAGACUAAACCUCAUCGGGCCCGUGGUCGAACAGCCCGAAUACAACAUGAUCUCCCGUACCCGCGUCGAGAUCGAAUACGCCCCCUUGUACCGCAAAUUCAACCUCGGGCUGACCGUCUUUUCCCCCCUGCGCCGUGGGAUCCUCACGGGGAAAUACAACCAGGGGAUCCCCUCCGGAUCCAGGGCGGACAAGGAGGGCAGUUGGUUCAAGGAAGAGGUCGAAAAGGGCGGGGACAUGCUGGAACGGGUCUCUCGGCUCGAACCCUUGGCGAAAGAGCUCGGAGAAGGGGUGACGACCGGACAGUUGGCUCUGGCUUGGACGUUGAAGCAUCCGAAUGUCAGUUCGGCGAUCAUCGGUGCGACAUCUGUCGAACAGGUCAGGGAGAACUUGAAGGCGGUUGAGUUGGUGGAGAAGAUCGACAAGGGGCUGAUGGAUCGGAUCGACGAGGUCUUGGGGAAUCGGCCUAAGGGGGUGCCUUUCCGAUUCGACUGA